CUGUAAUCCAAACAUAAUCUUUUAGCGUUACUUCGUUAUUAGCAGCAUUUUUGAACUGCAAUCUUCUGGUCAUUAGGCGUCGUUAUGGAUCAGUUUUACGAAAUCUUCGACUCAUAUGCUGAGCAGCUGGCUAAGCUUCCAAUGUUGCCAGUUUUACAGUGUGUCCACUACAUUAUUAUGAACUUGAAAUUACGCAUGGGAGAAGGUAAUAUUAUUGAUGAAUUCGCAGUAUUCUUGAUAACUGCUACGAUCAAUGUUUUAGAAUUGCUAUCGAAUAGAGAUGAAAACUUCCAACUAGAUUAAAUUGAGAUAUUGGCGCAGGAGAAAUCUUUUCUCUUUUUUUCUUAUUUUCCAUUCCCAGUGGAAAGAAAAUUUUCUCAAACUCCAGACGCCACGCCCUUUGCUUAAAAGGGCUUCGCGGCUGCCUUCCCAGUGACUUUUCUGGAACUUUUGGAAAACAGAGAUAAAAUAUCGCAAGCUACUCAAACAUCAGUGAUUAAAGGCUUAAAGGGAAAAGAAUUGGGGACCAGUUUGGAAAUUGGCAACUUGGCUGGAAAACUUUCUAUUCACUAUUAAACCUAGAACAACAAUUUCUUAGGCAGGAUAAUUAAAUCAAGUAUUUUAUUUUUCCAGGUGCACUACCCUUUGCCUAUUCUCAUCCAAUGUCUUCCUGGGUUUCCAGUUUAUUGACAUGUUUUGCUGGGACCUUUUUGACAAACUUCUUGUUGGGCAACUCUUUGCUGUCACCACUGACAGAUUUGGAACAAAUUGCCAUCCUGUCUGUCAUUUGGUAUGAAUGUUAUUAAAAGUCAUUUUCUUAUAAAAAUUGCAGUUUUGUUCUCCUGACUUUUGAUACAAAUGAUUUGUUUUGAAAUUAAAAAUUUUUCUUGAUUUGAUAAAGGUAUCUUGUAUUCUUUUGCCCUCUGGAUUUGUUCACCAAGGUCUUUAUGCUGAAGCCAUUGUGGGUAAGUUAAUUUGACAAACAGUUUCUAAAUUAUUAGAAAAUAUUAUGUUCUCACAAGACUGAUCUUUAACUCCCAAGAUCUGAUUGUUAAUUCUCCCCUUCAGCUGUUACACAUUUCCUUGUUAAUUAGUUAUAUGAAUUUGGUGUUAGAUUAAGAUAAAAACUUCUACCUGAUAAAUAUGAGUAUUCUCAUUACCUGUUUGCUGGUUAAUAUGUAGAUAUUAUAUGGAGAAAUUACAUGUUAAUCACUCCUGGGAGUUAAAGGCUGAAUUAUAUUGUUACUUGAAGAGAAAGAAAAAAAAAGAACGAACAGAUCCAAAUGGUGACGAAAAAAUUAUUUGACCCACAAAAGCAAAUGCAAAACAAUAACCUAAUGAAAAGCAUAUUUAAAGUGUUGCAUAUUAUUCUUCUGUGCCUCUGCAUAUUCACAUGCACGUCUGUGUUUUAACUCUUAGGGUUAGGGUUAGAAUUUGCAAUUCUCCUUACUGUCAACCAUACAGUUCUCAUGAUGUUAGUUCAGAGAAUUUAUUAUUUGAUCAACUAAUUAUCCCCAAAUUGAUAUUUUUCUUUAUUCUCAUCACUUAUCUGGUUGAUAUUGUAUUGAUAUUGUAAGGAGAAAUUCAGUCUUGGUCACUCAAGGGAGUUAAAGGGUUAAGCACUCUUCAUUGGUCCUUUUGUCCAUUAUGUAGCUGUCAUUUAUUCAAUAGUUUAUUUGUUUAUCAAUUGUGGAAGAUGAAGCAGCCCAUUGAUUAGUACUAAGGAAUCUGGAUUGUAGGCCUAAAUUUGAACCCUGUCUAAAUCUUUGACUGUUUUGUUCUUGUGUAAGACAGUGGACUCAGUGGACCACAGUGCCUCUCAUCACCCUAAUCUCAUGUAUCUUUGCUCUGACAAAGGGCUAGAGCUCAAAAUCUCAGCUUUGAAACUGUUUCCGUUGGCCAAUUUAUGUUAUCAACACAUUGAUAAUACUAAAUUUCCAGGUUAUACUCUCCCACCUACGCGGAACCACAGUUUCUUUAGAAACUUAACCUCCUUUAAUCUGAUGUGUGUUUUGUAGAUUGCUCUUCUGGUUGUCAAAGAGGCCCACAGAGCAAAGAACAUUCUCAAGGGAGUAGAGAUAUCAUCAACACUUUACCAUGACCAAUUGGCCAAUUUAUGUUAUCAACACAUUGAUAAUACUAAAUUUCCCUGUUAUACUCUCCCACCUACGCGGAACCACAGUUUCUUUAGAAACUUAACCUCCUUUAAUCUGAUGUGUGUUUUGUAGAUUGCUCUUCUGGUUGUCAAAGAGGCCCACAGAGCAAAGAACAUUCUCAAGGGAGUAGAGAUAUCAUCAACACUUUACCAUGAUGCUUGGCUGGUCAUGAUAGCAGUAGGAACUGCAAAAGGUUUGUUAUCUAGUUUUGAUUGUCAGAUUGUUAACUCAUCUUUACUCACACUCAGUAAUUAAUAAUUUAGCAUAUUUUGAUUUUCAAAUGUUGCACAUUGACUGAACUAGCAGUCUUUCAGCUUCUGAUUAUUUGACUGGAAUAGUGUUAAUUGCACACAAUUUUCUUGCAACAGUAGCUUUCAUAUUUCUGAAUUUUUCCCUUAGUACACUUAACCCUUUUACUCCCGAUAUCCUUAGUUAACAUAAAUUCUCUUUACUGUUUAAUUUUGUUCUGAGAAUUUGGUCUUGGAUCAAAUGAUAAUCCUCUAGUUGAAAUCUUUUUCUUAAUAUUCUUAUUACUUGGCUGCUUGAUAUUGUCUUGAUGCUGUAAGGAGAAAUUAUGUCUUGGUCACUCCUAAGAGUGAAAGAGUCAGUAGAUCCUUGGAUGCUCUGACAAAAAGGACAAUCAGGUCUUCAAAAUGUCACUCAGGAUUGCAUACAACAGAACCUUUCAAAAUCACUCUCACCCAUAUGAUUACAAUACACAAUCAAUCAAUGAACACAAUUUUUUUUCAAAUAUCUUUCUAUUUAUUAAUUCAGGAGCUGGCAGUAGACUUUUAAGACCUGUGGUUAUGUUUGCUCAAGGAAAAGUGGAUGCUGUUAACGAAGCGCUGUACCCAUCAUUGUGAGUAAACAUUAUUUGAAUAACCAUUAAUUGUUUUGUCUCUGAUCCUGGACAUUAUAUAUGUACUGUGCCCCAGAUAUAACAGGGAAACUGAAGGUGGGCGCACUUUUCUCGUCACCGGAACCAAAAUUUGGAACGAGAUACCACUACGCAUACGGAUGGCGGACAGCAUAAGGUGCUUUAAGCACAACAUGUGGACUAAUAUUUUUUCGCAGCAACAAUUUUUAAGUCAUUUUCGUGUAUAGUUUCCUUUUUAGUUUCUUUACUUAUCUUGCAAUUAUAUUAUAUUAUAUUAGUUUCUAUUUUUAUAUUGUAUUAUACUAGUUUUUAUAUUGUGAUUAUUUCUGAGUGAGGGCCACAAGUUUAUUAGCUAUGCUAUUAUGUGUUACCCUCGUAAAAUAAAGUCUUUAUUAUUAUUAUUAUUAUGACAGAGGUGAGGGGGAUAGAUGUAAAGGAAACGAGUGGGGGAAAGGAGUGAUUAACCAUUUAACUCCCAGAUCUAUUAAGUAAUUCACCUCACUGUCAAUCAUACAAUUCUUAUGAUGUUAGUUUGGAGAAUUUGGUAUUGGAUCAAUUGAUAAUUCUGCAUUAGAUAUUCUUCUUUCCUCUCAUGACUUGAAUUCGUGAUAUUUGUAUUAACAUUGUGAGGAGAAAUUCUGUGUCAGUUCCUCAUGGAAAUUAAAGCAUUGAAGGGGCUAUGUUCCCUACCCCCCACUUUUUUUUUUCUUUGUAUUGUCUCAAAGUUUUUGCAACCAACCUCCUUUUGAAUGGUAAUGUACAGUCUGGGUGGUAUUCAAUUUUAUUUUCAGAUUUUUCAUUUUAUUGAACAUUUAAAAAAGUAGUCGGUGUGGGGAAUGAGAAGGGGGGUGAGGGGGGGGGGGUUGGGGAUAGGUUUGUGGACUUGCCUCACUUUGCCCCAGUCUCUUCUCCUUCACCCUUUUGUGAUUUUCUGUAUCUUUCCCCAAAUACCAUCCUUGUCCUCUUGUCCUCACCCAGCAAUGAAAAUGGGAUCUGGCAAUUUAAUUUGCAAGUGCUUGUAACUGAAUGCCCUGAUUAUCAAGUUUUGAUUUCUUUCAGUGUCACCAAACUAUCCAUUGUUGGAAGUAUUCUCUUUAUUGUGGUGCAGAAGCGCAUAGUAGCCUUCACAACAGCUGAAGUUCUUCUGGGCAUAACUUGUGUGGGAGCAUUUCUUCAGGUCCUCAUGUAUCUCAGUAACACAAGUGACCCUUUUACCUAUUUAGAGAAAGCUGUGGCUGCUGUUCUUUUUAAAGAACCAGCUGAAAAGGCAGAUACUUCAGAUGCUAAGAAGAAAAAGGAAUAACCACUCUUAAUUUAAAUGAAGAAAGAGGAUACACCUUACUUUUGAUAAUUGUGUCCUUGCCUAGUGUGCAACAGGUUGGAAUAUGGCAAUCUGUCAUGGAAUGUCAGUCACAAAGACUUGCUGAUUGCUAUUAACCAAUCAGAAGAUCGUGUUAUUUGUCACAAAUAUGUGGUGAGGUUUUGUGUAAGCUUAUCCGAAAAAUUCCUCUCCUUCCUUUGAAAAAGGAACAGAGAAACCUUGGAAUGAGGUUGAGGUGUGUUGUCUUUGAGUGGUUUGGUGAAUGUUGAAAUAAAUCCUGAAAUGGCUUCGUGUUACUUUGAUGUGCUCUCUGAUUGGUCACCAGUCCAGCAAACAAGAUGUACAUAUGCAAAACAAUUCCUGAAACGUCUUUUUAAUUUCAUCAGCGACGAGAUCAUAAUUUAUUAGUAGUAAAGUUUUUUUCUGAACAUUUACACAUGAACCCUAACGUUAUUGAAGAACACUAAAUAUAGUCUUAUUUUUGAGACCCUCAAGACAAUGUAUUUACUUAAAUGUACUGAUGUCUUACUAAUGAACAGCUGUUUCGAGAAAGGUUGAAGGAAAAAAGCGAAAAAGUGCACGAAAUAUACCCGAAGGGUAUUGAUGGUAGUUCCUUCACCUCAGGAUUUCAGGGAAAUCUGAGAGAACGUCAUCGUAAGGAUGAGGCACAGCGGAUUUGAUGAGUUUAUUCAUUCAUUUUACUUAUUAAAAUUCGUCGAUUACCGGAUCGCCAUAUUUCUAUUCGAGAUUAUCGCGUGCACUUUUGUCCAUUUUGCCGAAAACCUUCCUCGAAACAGCUCAAAAUAUACUUAUUUUUGAUAGCCAUUUUUUCACUUUUUUACUACAAGUGUGUGUAUAUUUGUGUAAUCGUCUCAAUACUCCUAGCUAGUCGUUUUGAAACUUAAAGUUUAGUUACUUCAUACCCUACUAGUCUGCUGUUUUGAGAGCGCUUUCCUUCACGUGAAGAAUCCCAACAGAUUUAAACAGUUCUUCCUUUCACAAAUAUUUAGCUUUUAAAAAAAUGCAUAAAAAAAUGAGAGAAAAACAAAAUAGCAACUGAAAUUGGGUGAUAAAAUUUAGGUAAUUUAGUCUUUUAUUCCAAUGCGAUCACCUUCUGUACUUUG